AUGAGGUUCUUAUUCGAGUUAGUAAAUAAAUGCUACACUGAAUUCUUAACCACAUUAUUCCGCAACCACCACGGAGUACGUUCUCUAAUGAAGUUUCUCAUGUACUUGUACCUUUUCCCUUCGGUGUUAAUUACUUUCCGACCUUAUUUCACUCAAUACACGGACGAAGGCAGGUUUGCCUUUGAUCUCUACCAACCUAGGGCUCCCACGAUGCUCAUCAUCAUUCUAAAGUCGAAUUUCCACGUCGCACAUCCAGCGAUGCAACGUCUGCUAGUGAUCUUCAUCGCUAUGCUUGCCGUUUUGGUCAGCUGUCAGAGGGAACAACUCUCACCAGAGAUGAGCCGAUAUUUCAUGGACGACAUCGGCAGCAGCGAGUACGUUCCAAGUCUGAUGAAGGGUUCUGAUUCAAAGAGGAAACAUUCUACGCAUGGGCAGGGAAGUAAAUCUACAAAAUCGAUUAAAAAUCUGUCGUCACCAUGGAUUCAAUCGAUACAAGUCGCUAUCAUCUGCGAAGAACUUCUGCGAUCAAUUCACGUUAGUAUGCUCCCUUCACGGCGCUAUUGGAACGUAUAUUACUGGGUAUUGUUGUAG